UCAAUACCAAGGUUUACAAUUAGGGAAAGCCUGGCUAUUUUUAGUACACUGGAUUGAUUACAAAUUUUUUUCAGGUGGUAUAGUACUAGUGUAUAAUAAACAGUCAGAAAAAAUUAGGUGUUCAUUUCAAGGAUUAGUUAUUAAAAACAGGGUUUAUUCGAAGUAGAUCGUUGAGUUUAAUAUAAAUAUUUUUAUUGAUUAACCUAGUUUAUACUUUGGAUGUAAAGAAGCCUUCGUAUUCGGUAUCAUCAUCAGGUUAUGAUUGUCCUCUCUUUUGCUUUGUAUUAACUGAUGUCACAUGUCUUAAAGAAGUAGAAAUAUCAAACCCAGCCUUGGAUGUUUAUUGAUAACUUUGAUUACAUAAAGAUGAUAAAUAGCCAAAGGUUACAAAUGCAAAAUUCGUAGAUCUCCGUACUUUGAUCUAAAAAUAGCACAUAUCACAUAGUUUUUUAUCACUGUUCUGCACGCGGUAUUGCAUUGCUCUUCGAUGCCUGCUACUCAAUUUUCACCCCGGAUUCAUGCAAUUUGGGAAAACAACCCUGGAGAAGUUCAGAAAUAUGGAAUUCCGUCACAAUACAGAGAACGUUUACCCAUGUCAGAUUAAUAAGUUUACACAAAGAGCUUUCAAAACAGAUUCACAACUUAAUUUUGGCUUCAGCUGCAUAAAAAAGACAAAACUUGACAUAAAUGGAAAGUAGUGUUACUGUUGAAAACGUUUGUUUCUUGAGUUCAUCAUGGGGAAUAGAUUAUCUAAACCAACAAAUCAUCUAGAACUAUACCUGAAUGAUGUUUUUAAGAGGGAAUGUUUAUUUGAAACACAUGUAGCUGAUAAUGAAGUGGAGUUCAUUCAGACAGGUAUAGAAACACUGGUACAAAGAAUAGCAGACCAGGUUUUAGCAGAUCAUGAUGUGAAGGAAAAAAUAAAAAUGGUUGCUGAAGAGCUUGGCAUAGUAAUAGAAACACCAGGACCAACAAAUGUACUUAAAGUCGGUAGUUUUUAUGAAGGAACAAAGAAUAAAUUUCCAGAUGAGUUUGAUUUCACACUUGUACUUGGCUGCUUAACAGGUGAUAUGGCUCAACAUGCGUCAGAUGUUUACAUGAUCUGCUUUUUGGCCGACAUUUAUAUACCUAUAGAAGAAGUCUGUAAAUACAGUAAAUACAAUGGGCAAACAUUAGUCUAUACUGGCUCCAAGUGUGAAGCAAUUAGUGAAGAACAAAAACUGUUCUUUGACUGGACAGUGGAAAGAAAUGCUCCUGCCAUAAAUCUAAAAUUUAUUUACCAGAGAGGACUGGAAGAAAUGCAGCCUAUUCUCGUAGACCUUGUUCCAGCAGUCAGAUGUUUUGAUCCACAUCUGAUUGAAAACAUACAUACCAUCUGUUUUUUUGAACCGUUCUGUGAAGAAGUCAGGAAGACUGGAAACAUUCUGUUUGUUUCCAACAAAUUUUCUUUUACCGAGACAGAGGUUUAUUUUAUGAAACAUGUUUUAUCAAAGAAUCAUAAGAAAGUGUACAGAGUUCUGAAAUAUAUCAUAAAUGGGCAUGGUGAUGAUGAAAAACUCAGAAUACAUCUUCCAACAAAAGCAGUAGUACGAGACGAUGGAAUUGACGUAUAUUCCACCGAAGUGUAUUCCUCCUACAUGAUAAAGAUAAUGAUAAUUCACCAUCAUUAUCUUUGUUCAAACGAUAACAAGACAGAAAUAGGACCUUGUAUUUUACAAGUGCUGAACGACUUAUGUAAAUACAAGAACAUUAAAACAUUCCCUUUUCUGACUACCUCAACAAAAAUAUUUCCACACAAGUUCCGUUUGCUGCCUUAUCUUGAACAUUUGGCAGAGUAUUUACAGUCAAUGAGGGCCCAGAAUGGUGUUUAUGAUUAUGAGAAAGAACGAUUAAACAAUUCUGUGUCGAAACAAUGUGCUGACGAUUUUAACUUUGAAUUUGGUGAUUCUGAUGAUUAUAUGUAGAUACCUGCAGUCAUUUUUUGUCAGACAGAGGUCAGUUCUAUGCCAUUUAAAACUUUCCCUCAUG